AGUCGUUGAGGCCCCGAUACUGAGCUGUGCUUAAUUGUUGACGAGAGUAUCAAGCUAUCAGCCCAUCCCUAAAAUGAAACCUGUGGUCAUGAUUGCUGCUGCGUGCCUUCUUUUGGCCUUGUUACAACCAGUUGUUUCGAUUAAGUGCUAUACGUGUGUUAGCACAAGUGAGAGUAACUGCAAAGGUGAAGAGACGUCGUGUCCUAAGGCAUAUGAUCGUUGUUUCAAGACGGUCGCUAAAGAUAAUAAAGGAGUUGGAAAAGGUUGCACUGAUGAAAAGACCUGUGAAAAGCUUAAAAAGGCUUGUGAUACCACUGGCUGCGGGUACUUUGGAUGUUGUAAAGGUGAACUCUGUAACGCCGGCUCUGGUCUCAAGUCCAUGUCAGUCCUGAUUGCCUUGGCUAUGAUGAUUGCUUUUGCAGGUCAUUUUUGAUGUAACCACGUCAAACAAUGAUUAAAGCAGCACGUUUCGUAUAAUAACACAUAAAAAGUUUUCUAUUAUAACUUAACAAUUUUGAUUAAAAGUUUGUAAUAGUCUAGUCCUUCAAGAAGCUAGCCUCCUCAAAGUCUCGCUAUGUUAAUUAGACACAAUAGAUUAUUAUGUAUUUUGUAAUCUUUUACCUGUUUGUAAUUUUUUCGAGCAAAGAGCACCAAAUUUGAUAAAAGACAACAAAAUUAAAAGCAAUCAAAUUAAGUGAAAUUCAGCAUAUUUUGCGUAAGAUCAAUAAAUUUCUGCGAAGCCUUACAGCAUUGCA